AUGGACUUGACCUCACUUACCGCAGCCGAAGAAGGCACAGUUGAGAUCCUUGAGUGGACUUGGCCUCCUGAGGCUUUAGGCCAAGAAAGCUUUCGAUGUCUCUCCUAUGUUAUCAUGAAGCGGCCCUCUGGGUUCUUGUUAUGUGUGCCAGAGGGCUUUUUGUCGGCGGAGGAGCUGGAGUCCGGGAUGCAAGCUGUCGAGGCAGAGAGCAUUGGCCCUUCCAUGACUUUCGUAGCGCCGCCCAUCCAGCUUACAGAGUCGGGCGAGUGGGUCCCGCCUCAAGAAGUAGAGAUGGUCCCGGUUUUGGUGGUAGAUCUAGGGGUUCAGGUGACCGAAAGCUUGGCCCCAGCAGAUCUUACGCACCCAGAUGUGAUCGCGUUCAGGGAAGGGGAUUCCUCCAUCUUCCCCCUGGCCUCGGAGGUGGUCCGUCUUGCCAAAGAGUGGUUAGCAGCUUCGGAUGUCAUGCCAGGCGACCGAUCUGGAUACCAAACCGCAGUUUCUGCAGUGGAAGAAGCCCUGCCUGCUCCAGCAAAAGCAAAGGCUCCCAAGGCAAAAAGACCCACCGUGCAACAACUCGCCGCGCAACAGGCAAGAAUGAUGGAGCUCAUGGCAUCAGUGGUGAACCGUUUGGAUGCCCUUGGUCCCGGCGGCGAGCCCCAUGCACCGGCUCAACCGAGCCCUGUAGUUCCACAAGCUGCCUUGCCCCACGCUGCCUUGCAAGCCCCGGUGUCUGCUGUUCUGCCUCCCUUUCAAGCCCAGCCCAAAGGUCUUGCAGCUGUUCUAGGCCCCCCUCCUCCAGUACGGGCUCAACCCACAGCGUCCAAAGAGCAGAAGGACCUGGACCUGCUCCUAAACCCAGAGGGCACCUUGCCUACACCCGAAGGCCAAGCCAGUGGCUCUCUGACGUCAGCUGUCCUGGCCCAAUCCCAGGCGCUUGUGGCUCUAGUCGGGCAGCUUUCCGCGGGGGCCUCAGACCCCCUUCUGGAAGCCCAGCCAGGGCAAGCUUCCUCGGUACGAGGUUCGAUAGGAAGGGCAAAGCUUCAGCAAGAGCUGUCUGCCAGGACAGGCAGUUUCGCCACCAAGGUGAGGGAGAACAUGGAGCGGAGGAUGGACCCCACAGGCCUUCUGCCCACCGAGCAAGUAAGCUUCAUGCGCUACCUGGAGCGCCACGGGGGGUUCGCUGCGCAACCUUUGCUGGGUCUCAUAGCGUGGCAAGUCGCGCAAGCGCUAGAUUUGCUCCGCCUUGGGUCUCAGGAGGGUGCCCGAGACGUCCUGUCUCUACUUCUUGUGAUGUUGGACCAGUGCGCGCAAGACCAAGGGGAGUCCAGCCUUGCGUGGCUCCUCACACUGCAAAGCGAUCCCCCGUUGGGGAUAUUCCAACCUCCCGCACAGCUGCCCGGCUCUACGCUCCAGACUUUCUCCCCACUAGCAGACCAGCGAUGGAUCACUGUCUCUUUGGCGUAUGUCAAGGAGUUAGAGACUAUCGCUGCCCGGAAAGUAGAAGCAAGUCCUACCAAGACCCAGCCUGCCAUGCGCCAGCUUCCAAAACAGCCUUCCAUUCCUCUGCCGCACGCGCCAGGUUCUUCAGACAACCCAGACGGGCACCUUUCGAAAAAGCAGCAGAGGGCCGCCCAAUGGGCCGCUGCAAAGAAGGCGGCCUCCGCAGCAAACCCCAAGAAGUGA